ACAAAGCCAGUGUCCCCAGCCAGCGUCGAUCGCAGAAGGGCAGGGGUAGGGUUAUGGAGGAAGCGAAGGCGGCCGCCUACUACGACGAGCUGAGCCGCAAGGGCGAGGGCGCCGCCCGCUUCAAGCGCGGCCUCGGCUUCUCCUCCUCCUCCUCCUCCUCCUCCUCUUCUUCUUCGGCCCCCUCCAAACCCUCUUCCUCCUCCUCCUCCUCCCUCCUCUCCAGCUUCGUCCGCGCCUCGAGCCCCACCACCAAAGCCCCUGACCUCGAUCGCCGAUCCCGCCUCGCCUCCAUCCAAAACAAGCUCCGCAAACCCCACGACAACGGCGGCGGCGACGACGACGACGGCGGUGGCUCCGAUCGACACCGACACCGCCAUCGCCGCCAUGGGAGGGUGGACGAGGAGGAGGAGAGGGGGAGGAGAAGAGAUGGGCGGGGCGAAGCGAGGGAGAGGGAGCGGGAGAGGGAAAGAGAAUGGCGUGAAAGGGGAGGAGACCGCGAGAGCUCGGCGAAGAGGAAGAAGGGAGGAGAGAGAGUGGAUUAUUCGCGGCUCAUCGAGGGUUACGAUCGAAUGACGCCUGCUGAAAGAGUUAAAGCAAAGAUGAAGCUUCAGCUUUCGGAAACUGCUGCAAAAGAUUCUGCUAGAGGCAUGACUGUGGGGUGGGAACGAUUUGAUUUUAACAAGGAUGCGCCACUUGAUGAUGAUGAUGAUGAGAUUGAAGCUGCUGAUGAUGAUGCCUCACUUGUGAAGGAUAUAGGAAAAAGUUUCCGCCUUUCUGCUGUGGAGGCGAAACGUGAGGAAGAACUUAGGGCUGCUCAUGAUGAGGCUAUGUUUGGAGUAUCCUCAUCUUCAAAUCUUGAGAUGGAACCUACCAAGAGUAAUUACAGAGAAAAUCACGAGGAUGAUAAAUCAAAAGAUGCUGACAAAGAACAGAUAGGAAGCAGCACUCUCAUUAGCGAGAACGUUUUCUCCAUGCAACAAGGUUCCUGGCGAGAUCGAGCUCGAAAAUUCCGACAUGAUGGUGAAAAUUGAAGUAUGUGACGACUGAUGCUGAAUCGAAAACUGUUAGUUCAGCCAUCUAUCUUUCACAUUUGGAUAAUUCACAAAUAGCUUGUAAUUGAUGCGGCCUUAAUACCUGUAUUUAUUUGAAGAGAAGCAUCAUGGAGAAGCCGAGUUUCAGAAGAAGAGAUCUAACCUAAUUGAGGAACUCUUUGCUGAAUUGAGUGUGAUAAAAAGAGAUUUUUGCUGCAAAUCUUAUUGUAAGAUUGCACCGGAUGAAGUGCGCAAUGUAUGUAAAUCUUACAUAAGCAGUUGGCCUGUUUGAUUGUUCUUCUACAUGUUGAUAUGAAAAGUCUUUCUUCUUUCAUCAUCCUUAUAGUUCCUGUUCCUCAGUGUUUCUUUCUUGAUGUUUUCUUCGUAAUUAUUGUGUUAGGUUUUUGUAAUCCUUUAUUAGAUAGUUGUGUUGAUUAGUCAUGUUUUAUUCAAGCUUAUUAGAUCUCUCCACUUGUUGAUCAGUCAUGUUGUAAACACUUACUUUAAUGGGGAAUGUUGUCAAUUA